AUGGAUAUGAAGAACAUGAGAGAGUUUAUGGGCUGGCUGUACUAUCAGUACCUGCUCAUCACAGGCAUCUAUGUGCUGGAGCCGUGGGAGCAGUCCAUCUUCAACACGCUCCUCUUCACUAUGGUGGCCAUGGUCAUUUACACCUCCUGUGUGUUUGUGCCUAUCCACGUGCGGCUGGCGCUGGAGUUCUUCUCUGAGCUGGUCCGAGGGCAACCGGAGAGCACAGUGGCCCUCAUGAACUAA